CUGACCGGGGCAGACGGGGCACGUGACUACCCGGACCCAGCUGCUGUUGACAGGUUCGGCUCGUUUCGGUUCUGAAAUGUCUCCUGAUAAUCGAUAAGCUGAGCCGGUAAUCGAUACAUUGAACGCGCGGAGAUGCUGGAGGACGGCUCCACGGAGGUGUCUGUGAUCCCGGAGAACCAGCACUGUGGAGAGGUAGCGGACAUCCACAAAGCGGAGCUCGCUCCCGGGGGCUCCCUGCUCGGAUGUCUGGGGGUCCGGGGGCGGCUGGUGGUGUGGGACCCGGCCGACAGAGAGGCUCCUCCGGCCGCAGUGGACGGGAGCUACACGGAUUUCUGUUGGGAGGAAGUGGCGGUUCACGGUCGCAGCGUCAGCAGCUUUAGACUGCUGGCUGUCGGAGGUCAGUGCGACCUGAAGCUGCUGGAGGCUGAAGCAGAACGAUCCGCCGCCAUUUCUCUGCUGCAAGUCUGCGAAUGUCCUGCAGACCGUCUGCUGCAGACCGUCAGAGACCAGGACCACGGUGUGCGUGAGCUGCAGUCGGUGCGCGUGUUGUCGUUUGCCGCCGGCCGCUGCUGCGUGCUGCUGAACUGUGAUUGGCUGCUGCAGCUGCAGUGGCGGCAGACGGAGGAGGAGCUGCAGACGUUGUCCUGCUGCAACAUCCAGCUGACUGACAGCAACAGACACACUGCCGUCAACCACUGUGUCUGCAGAGGGACGCUGUUCAUCCUCAGCUCCACGGGACUCAUAUCUGUGUACAGUAUCUCUGAUGGCAGUCUGCAGGCCAGCGUCGACCUCCCGGCUUACCUGAGCUCCCACCUGGCGGACGAUGACCUCAUCUCUCUUUCCUCCUCCUCCUCCCUCUCCUCCUCUUCCUCCUUCUGCCUCCUCCAGGUGUCAGCUGAUCUCAGUACAGCCGUAGCGGUCACUCAGUCUCAGACCGCCGUCGCCGUCGAUCUCAACCACUACUUCAGGAUGUAUCCGGACCACCUCCUGUGUGCCGCUCCCCCCUCUCGCUCCCCUCUCCAACCCCAGCACCCAAGAGACCAGGACAGCCUGUCCAGCUCCAACUGCUGCCUCGCCGCCCUCGGCUCAACCUUCAGUACCGACCGCUCGUGGGAAGCUCGUCUGGCCUCUAUGUACAGCAGAGCCCAGAAGACUACCGCUCCCUCCUCCUCCUCACAGCCUGCUGGGACCUCCUGGUCGUCCUCCCUCCCCCACCUGGAGUCCCACCUGGCUCCAUCCUCGGCCCACAGCAGAGUGCCUCGCGGCGGGGCGACUGUCACUUUCUCCACCCCCGAGUCGUCCGCUCCAUCUCUGCUCACCGUGUCCGAGUUCUCCGCCCAGCUGACCUUCGUCUCCCCCGGCAACAAACAGACCACAGUGGCCUUAUGGGAGUUUGAGUCUGGGAGCGUGAGCUACCACCAGGCGGAGGGCGAGGCGGCGCCGGUUCAGCGCUGUGGAGAGAGACAGCACCGACUGCUGCUGAAGAGCUCCGGUGUGUUCCAGGUCCUGUUCUCGGUGUCCCAGCAGGACUUGCUCAGCAGGUUGAUGUUGUUCGGCAGCGCAGCGACAGUAGACGCAGUCUGUCACCUGAACAGCUGGGGGCGCUGCUCCAUCCCCAUCCACGCCCUGCAGGCCGGACUGAAGAACCGACAACUGGACACGGUCGACUUCUACCUGAAGAGUAAAGAAAACAUCCUGAACCCUGCAGACGAGCAGCCGGCCGCCUCCACGCUGACAGACAGUGUCCAGCAGUUGUGUCCUGCGUUGGACCUGCUGUGUUCGGCCGUCAGAGAUUCAAACAGUGAAGCUCAGAGCCGACAGUUCUCUGAACAGCUGCUCCACAUCACCCUGAGCUUCGUCAGCACGCAGAUCCGAUCAGUGCUGACCAACACACAACACGAGGACGCAGGUGUGCGGAGCUGCGUCGACGUUCUCGACCGGUAUGUCACCGAACUGAGGAGCUACAUGAAGAGGUUCCCCUGGCCUGCAGGGGGCGACACCUCCAGCACCAGUUCUGCUGAUUCUGCUCAGGAGGAGGUGCAGAGAGACGAGUGGGAGCAGCUGCAGACAGAGGAAGUGGUCCGUCAGUCCAUCCUGACCAAUCAGAUCCCCAGAGCUCAAGCCGUCCUGCGGAGGCGGGGCCGUCCGGAGCAGCGUCUGUCGGCUCUGAGGAUGGAGGGUCUGCGUCAGGUCUUCACCUGCCUGCAGCACCGAGACCUGCAGACCGCCAACACUCUCCUCACCAACAUGGGUUUCAGCGUGAAGAAGCAGCUGCACAGUAUCUGCCUCUACACCGACGACAAGGACCUCCGGGAGUUUGUGGUGGAGGAGCUGUCGGGGCGGAGUUAUUUCCCAGAGGAGCAGAUGCAGAGUGUGGCGUUCAUCGGGGAGAUGGAGAAGUUGGGGUCGCUGCCCGCGUCACGCUGCACGGCAAAUACCACCUCGCAAAGGCUGGCUCAGGUGGUCCGUAGGGAGGCAGCCGGAGGUGGUGAGGAGAUUCUUCUGGAGGAACUGACAGGACAGAAGACCUUUGUGGAAGACGGGGGUCUCUGGAGGAACCUCCGCCUGGACUGGGUGAGGAACUGGGACCAGAGCUGCCAGACCACCGUCCUCCUGUCCAGACUCCAGCACACAGAGUUGAGCUCCUGUGACGCGGCAGUGUUGUGGCGUUACCUCACUGCCCUGCAUGACCAGCGCCGGGUGGUGGACUGGAUCGACUGGAACAGGGAGACCUCUGGCGCCCCCCGGUGGCCUGAGUUAACCCCAGAGCUGGUCAAUAACAACACAGUCUGCAGCACCCACAUGAGGGAGGACAUCCUGGACCUGCUGGCCAGGAGAGGUCUCUUCAUCCCGGAGGAGCUGGCAGACUUGGAGCAGCUACUGUGGAGGCUGGCUCAGGGUGGAGGGGUGAUGGCUUCAUCCCCACCCGUCCCUCAGUACCGCUCCUCCCUUGGCCUCGACCUCCACAGCCUCUUCAUCACCUUCUGCCUGGACCACAGUCUGCAGUACCUGCUCUACACCUACCUGGAGCACUACAGGUUGACGCCCAGAAACUGUCCCCUCUUGACCAAUCAGAGCCUGUCUGAGAGCCAGCCCUGGUUUGAGAUGUUGGUGAAGAUCCAGGAGAUCACCAGAGAUCUGUCAGAUCCAGGACUGGUAUUCCAGGCCAGUUUAACCAGUGCACAGGUACUGUUACCAGGCAGCCAGGCUUCUCUCAGCAGUCUGCUGUUGGAGGGACACAGUCUGCUGGCCCUGGCUGCCGUCAUGUUCGCACCUGGAGGAAUCGACCAGGUGUUGGUUCAGGGUGAAAGGUUGGGCAGAUCAGAGAAGACGGUCGACCCCCAGCUCCUGAAGAUGGCGCUGGCUCCCUACCCCAAACUGAAGGCUGCCCUGUUCCCCACCGGGCCGCGAGGAAACGGCCCGUCCUCAGACAUCUCCGUCUACCACCUCCUGCAGUCGCUGCAUCCUCUGGACCCAUCCAGGCUGUUCGGCUGGCAGGCUGCAAACACCCUCAACUCCACCGAAACGUCAGAGCUGCCUCAUUUCUCCAGCCCUCACCUGGUCAACAGGUUCGCUCUGGUGGAGAACCUGGACUUCCUGUACUACCUCCGUCAUGGCCGACCAUCCUUUGCGUACGCCACCUUCCUCGUCCAGCAGCUGAGCGGCUGCAGCGACGUCACGCUACUGCUGCAGCAGGCCCUGCAGCAGGUGUACAGGUUGGCCCUGCAGUGUUUCAGCCUGCCGUCUGUGGCGUCAGCGAGCGUCUGUUUCUGUGAGCUGCUGGGAGGCUGCAGCCUGAAACUGAGGGUCGACAUCAGAGCCAUGAACACCAUCCUACAGCACUGGAACCAACACAACACACACACUGCUCCGACACAGCAUCUACACACUCUGGUGUCUAAAGGUGUAAAGCUGGCGGAGGCGGAGCCUGGAGCAGCGGAGGAACUGAUUGGCUACCUGGAAGCUGCAGUGACAGACAGCCUGGAGCAGAAGGGCAUCAGCAGGUCGUCCUACGAGGCGGCUCAGGAGUGGGCGUUGCCUGUUCAGUUCUGUCAGCUCCACAGUCUGAAGCUCAGCUCUGUUUACCCCGCCCACUGCGCCGAUGACGGACAGUUCAUCCAUUUCCUGUUGUUCGUCCAGCUGCACAACUUCCCGCCCCAACAGGUGAGGUCAUUGGCAGCUCAGUUUGGUCCCGCCCUGCAGGCCCACCUGAGUCUGGCCUUUCAGGACCUGCAGGUGUUCAGUCAGAGGAGGAGCUGUGGUGGUGAGGAGCAGUCAGGGUCUCCGAGCACAGAGGAGGCCCCUGGCAGCACGCAGCACCACAAGGAGCUGUUCCAUGUCCUCCUGCAGAGCCAGGAGGAGCCGGCGCCCUGCAGGUACCUGCUGCAGGAAGCGCUGGUGCAACACUGCCCAACGCUGGCUGUAAUGGCUGCCUGUCAACAGACUUGCGUCACUGUGUGUGACCCUGAUCGACAGGAGGCGGAGCUGCUGCCGUGCCUGUGUGUGUGGGUGUUGACCUCCGUAGACGAUGUCACAGCUGGGGAAGCCACCUCCCAUCUGGUUGAAGCUGCCCAGCACCACGAGUGGACCCUCCAUGAUCUGUCAAUCAUUUGGAGGACGCUGCUGGGGCGGGGCCACGUCAGGCCCCUCCUGCGAGGCUUCGAUCUCUUCCAGAGGGACUCUCCUCUGGUGUUGGUGCUGAGGAUGUUUGAGUUGUGUUGUGACUACAGGAACUUCUCUGAGGCCAAAGCAAAGCUGUUGGACUUCCAGAGGACACUCAUCACUCUGAGAAACGGAGGCCCGGCACCCACCGGCGGACUCCCCCUGCAGUGGGUGGAGAGCCAGGCCUCCGUGCUGCUCCUCACUAUGCUGCAGCGCUGCUCCUCCCAGUACGACCUCCACCGGCUGCUGCAGCUCCUCGCAGACGUCGACAAACUCCUCAAAUCCAACGGUCUGGACUUCAGGAAGCUGAGUCAGCUCAGUCAGUUGCUGCAGGGGUCGGAGGUCAGUCUGUCUCCCAGGCUGCUGCAGUGCAGUUCUCCCACUGACCAGCAGGAGGAGUUCCAGGCUGCAGUGGAUGCUCUGCAGGCCAGGGGGUGCUACAGCCAGGCCCGGCAGGUCGCUCAGCUGGCCGGCCUGUCCAUCCACCGCCUGCUGCUCAGCCAGCUUCUCCAGGAUGUAAACUCCAAGAAGUCCAAGCGUCAGUGGGGACGUUUGGAGACACGAGUCGGUUUCUGGAGGAAAUGUCACGAGCAGCUGAAAGCUGACAGCACUGAUCCAGAAUCUGCUUCCCAGUUCUUCCUGUCGCAGGCUGAAACUGAGGCCACAGACUCCUCCGGGGCCACGGAGGCUCAGAGCGAGCUGCUGGACGUCCAGGAACGCUGCCUGCUGCUUUGCCUCGCCGCUCACUGGCUCGCCAUGCUCAACCCGGCUCCAGUGGACCGAUUGGAGACCCUGGAGAAGAAGUUGUGGGUCAGCCGGGUCCGAAGGUGUGUCCUCACCGUCGCCAUGGAGAAGGAGAGUGUUUUCAACCUGCCGCCGCCGGCCGUCACGCCUGACAUGAACUCAUACGAAGUGCUCAUGAAGGAGUUCUCAUUCUCCAACAUAUCGGGCCUGAACACAGAGAGGUGUCUCAGUCUGGAGGGACUGCCGGGUCCAGCUGAGGAGCAGGAGGACAUUGAUUCAGCGUUGAGUCCAGAGGAGAGGCGCAUUCUGGCUACACUGAUUGGUCAGUUAUUAGAUGACAGCAGUAUCCAUGAAGCCAGCCGGGUCUGCCGUUAUUUCUCCCUGUAUCACCCAGACAUGUGGGUGGUGCUGCGCUGCCGAGGUCUGGCCUCUGGAGAGCUGAACCCUGAAUCGCAAGAAGAGGCAUCAGAAGCUCUGCCAGGGAAGAGCAUAACCAGCUCUCCCUCUCUCGGCAGCCUGUCAUCUUUCGUGAUGCUGCCACUCCCCGACGACGAGGUCGCUGUCCAGCUACAGAAACUAGUAGAUCAGUGUCGCCAUGGCAACAACUACUGCAAACAAGUCCUCAGCCUCUACCAGCUAUCCAAGGAGCUGCAGUGUUCCUUCAGUCAGGUCUACGGGGAGGAACCUCGCUCGGUGCUGGAGAAGCUGCUGCUGUCGGACCAGCCGGAGCGCUUCAGGAAGGCUCAGGCCUUCAUCAAAGCUCAGGGUCUGUCUGCAGACUCUGUGGCCGAGCUGGUCUCCUCUGCUCUGGUCCAGUCGCUGCUGGCCUCCACUCAGGAGCUGCAGCCUGCAGAGAGGCAGGUGUUCAGGGCGUCGGAGGGCCGGGACUCGCUGGUGCAGCUGAUCAAACUGUGUGACGAUCCGAACCUGGUGGGAGUCAAACUGCUGGAAAACCUCAACGCUGUUCCACUGCGAGACCUGAGCUGCAUCGUCGAGUUGCUGAUCGUGGCUCACGACUGUUUCAGUCUCACCUGUAACAUGGAGGGGAUUGUCCGCGUGCUCCAAGCCGCCCGUCACCUCAGCCACACCUACCUCGCCCCGGGAGAGCACUACAGCCUGCUGGUACGUCUGCUGACGGGUAUCGGCAGGUACAAUGAGAUGACGUACGUCUUUGACCUGCUGCAUCAGAACCACCGCUUUGAGAUGCUGCUGAGGAAGAAAGUGGACACGGACAGAAGACAGAGCUCCAGUCUGAAGACAGCUCUGCUGGAUUACAUAAAGCGCUGCCUCCCUGCGGACAGCGAGAAGCACAACAUGGUGGCGUUGUGUUUCAGCAUGAGGAGGGAGAUCGGAGAAAACCACGAGAUGGCCGCCAGAACACAGCUGAAGAUCAUCGAGUCUCAGGCCUGGGUUGUCACUCCUGAUCUGAAGAGUUCUUUGCUCAAAGUGUUGGGUCUGCUGAAGGACGCCGCAGAGAGCUUCUCCAAGGACUCGUGUGUCCGUCAGGCAAGUCGCUGUGUUCGGACGGCCAAGCUGGUCGCGCUUCAGCUGCACUUCCUGAACCAGGGAUCAGACCUGCGCGUCAUUAACCUGCGACCUGCAGAGCUGCUGAACGCCGUCACGUCGCUGCCACGAUGCUACCAGGUGUUCGUGGUGUCGGAGGCGUACAGCUACAGUCCGGACUGGGCCGAGAUCCUCUACCAGAAGGUGGUCCUGAAGGGAGACUUUGUGUACCUGGAGGAGCUCAAACGCCACCGUCCGCUGACCUCCAGCCUGUUUGAGGACAUUUUCAAAAAACUGGAGGGUUCUCCCAGCAGCGUCACUCCCAACGUGAAGCGCCUGCUGACGCACUGUGAUGAUGUGUACAGCCGCUAUAGGCUGGCCUACCAGCAGAACCUGUACGAUGUCACCAAAACGCUGCUGCAGGACACCAAGACCUCGAGCUACCUGAACGACAGGCUGGCCAGCUGAUUGGCCGACUGAGGCCGACAGAACCAACAAUACCGCCCGUGUACAAUACGUAUUUAUAACACCGCUUUGUCUUUUCUAACCCGUCUUCUGUGGAGAGUCAUUCAAAUCUGUAAUUAACUUCUCACAAAAUAAAAAAUCUGUUUCGAUUACAAACUUACAUUAAAGACUUUAGAAACUG